UGCAAAAAAAAAUACAAUAUUUAGAAUGAAAUAUUACAAUUCUUAUAAUACUUUUAGUUUUCAACAAAAAAGAAAAGGAAUGGAAGAAAAAAAACUCCCCCAGGUUUCAAGGAAUUUGGGACAGAGAUGAUCAAAUUGAAUCUGAGAGUGAAUUUGACACUGAUUUGACAAAUACAGAAAGAGAAUUAGAAAUAGAAUCUCAAAUAUCCCUGGAUGCUGAACGGUUCAAAGAAAUAGAGAACAGGUCACUGAUAACCAUGAGUCAAGAUGAUAAGAUUCCUGAAACCUUCAUGACAAUCACACAGAAAGCUGAAUAUGCUGAAACUAAAACUCCAUAUCUUGAUCAAGAAACAUCAAAGGAAGAGAACAUUGAGUCAUAUGAUCUUAUUGACGAAGAGCUUCAGCAUAUAGAGCUUGAACAUGAUAAUCUUGUUGAUGAAGAACUAGAAAAGGUUCAGGAAAAUCCUGAUUUUUCCUCUAAACUAGAUCAAGACAAAAUUGUACAUAAUGAAUUUGUGGAAGCACUUGAGCUUGCAAUAUUUGAACAACUAGAGAUUGACAAUGACGUACUUGAAGAAACUAAAGAUGACAAGGAGGGUCUGUUUGACAAACAUCUUGUUCACGAAGGAGAAGAAUCAGCAACAACAAAUGAACAAGAUCCCUUUUAUCUGAAAGUUGAAAUUAUAAAUCAUACACAAGAAUCAAAAGAGGAAGUGGAGCAAGAAACUUUGAAUGAAAUAAACUCAAAUGCUGUUGUUUCCAAAAGUGAAACUUUUGACAUAUUAGAUGAGUAAGAUUCAAUUAACAAAAAAAUUAAACUUAAAGUUUAGAUAAAUACAUAGAAAG